UAAAUAGUGCGGACCAAUUUAACCAUACCGCGUUAAGUGAAGCGAGCUAUAAGAAAUUAUUCCGUAUUAUCAACAUUCUACCGUAUACUGGAUUUACAACAUUUCUGACGAAGUGCUGUUUCAUUUUGUGUGCUACUUUUUUAAAUUUAAAUAUUUAUUUGUUUUUUCUUGCAUACACAUUUUAAACUAAACCAUGUGGAGCUAUCGAGUGUUUUAGUUAGGAAGUUUAAAACGUUGUAUUGUGCACAAUCAUAUUUCUGUUAAAGGAUUUGAAUGUUCAUGUCUGGAUUUGUGUACAUGUUUUAAUAAUUUACGGAUUGCGGUAUCAAGACGAGCUUCUUCUACCAUUGUGUCUAAUACAUCUACGAAGUGUCAAUUUACAUCGUGUAACAUUUCAUUGUACAGCGGUUGUAGAGAAAUCUAUACUGGUAUUAGUGAAAUGGGAUGACAAGUUGGAAUAUAUCGAACGUUUUCCCUUUAUCAUCAACGUAAAUAAAAUUUAAAAAAAAAAAACUAACGAAAACCAAGUGUUGGAUUAGUAGGCCCUAUUUGAGGGUGGAUUACAAAUACUGAUAGCUAUAGAAAUGAAAAUUAACACGUUGGUAUAAUAAAAUACUAAAAAGUUCAACCCUAUUUUGAACAAUAAUUUAAGGCGGUGGCUGCUUUAUGCACUGAAUACAUUCAUCCAUAAAUUACAUCGUUUAUUAACAGAUGUGAUGAUAUAAUGUAAUACAAGGUUUGGGUGGAGAGAAAUUACUACUCUGACGUUAUUAUUUACCCCAUUAUUUGUGUUAAACUGCUUAACAAGGUGAAAAUACUACAGUAUGAAACAUUAGAGCACAGUUUUCACGGGAUAAAUCGCCGAGCUUCAGGACCACUUGCUUCCCUCCAAAAUGGCGUCAGCGGACGCUGGAAAGGAGGAUGGCCAACAUCCUAUUACUCGCCAACAAAGUAUUGUACCGGCGCCGCCGGCGUCGGCCUUUGGUGAUGACGACGAGGAUUAUGCACGUGUAACAAAACAACAAAAUGACGCGGAGAAGACGAGUACGAAAUCUGACAAGGCAGAUAUGAGUAGAAACUUUGGAACAGCCACAUUUUCUAAAUCAUCAAAAGGAUUCGAAGCCAUGCAAGCAGUUGUCGAAAUGGAGAGAAAAGGUUCAACUGUAGAAAACGAUGCUGAUUCGUCAGGAAAUUCCACGGAUCAGUCAACGGACCAAUCAGACGAGAGAGGACCAGCUUCCGUUAGCAGCGGAAGCGGAAGUUGGCAAACGUUUGCACGCACGAAGUUUUCGGUGAAAGCGUCGUAUGGUUAUUGUUGUGCGCCCUUACAGCAACCACUGCUAGAAAAACGGGACAAGAGUGAUCAUUUGGCUUCACUAGCGGCAUGGGUCACACUGCUAAGAAUUAUGGGAGAUCUACCGGAAAUGGACUAUGGCGAAACGUUUGCAGUUGCUGGGCAAACAAAGCCUGUUGUUCAGCUAGUACGGGAUAAUUUUAAUAAGAAAUACACGAAGAAAGAUAUAGAGGAUGCUUACAAGAAAUACAGUGAUCUGUUCCGUGAUCCAACAAAUUCUGAGAUUACAAACAUACCGUUUCUACAGGACAAUAAAGAGUCCAUGUUAGAGAAAGUACAAUACAUAACAGCAUUGGGAAUUUACAAAGCUGACCUCAGAGACGAGUUAUACUGUCAGGUCUGUCGACAACUGACCAACAACCCGUCGAGAAAUAGCUGUAUACGCGGCUGGGUUAUGAUGUUUGUGUUUGCUGGAAGCUUUCUACCAACGGAAAAGUUUGCCCCAAUACUUCUGAACUUUCUUCGAGAUGGACCUACCGAGCAUGCGCAGAGAGCUGAGAGAUUGUUAAGACGUACGUUUAUGGUAGGGACAAGGGGUCAGCCACCAAGCUGGUUAGAAUUCCAGGCGGCCAAAAACAGCAAGCCAAUCUUAUUGCCUAUAAUUCUGAUGAACAGUAACCGACUACUGGUCGAAACGGACACUGCAACAACCGUGAACGAGCUGUGUUCACAGAUCAGUCAAAGAAUUGGUCUUCGUGACAGAAGCGGAUUUUCUGUGUACAUUACUCUUGGCCAUAAGAUUGCUUGCCUCGGCCAUGGUAUGCAUCGAAUAAUGGACGCCAUUUCAGAAUGUGAACAAAGCACUAAAGAACAGGGCAUGCGCGAAAGUAGUAGUCAAUGGCGGUUGUACUUCCGGAAAGAAUUCUUCACUCCGUGGUAUGACCCUAGUGAGGAUACACAGGCCACGGAGUUAACAUACCAACAAAUCAUGAGGGGUGUGUCUGUGGGUGAAUACAAGUGUGAGAAGGACGAAGUACUGGUGCUGAUGGCUGCUCAAAAAUAUUAUAUAGACAAUGGUGCAGAAACUGACGCGACGAAAAUAGAAACUUUUGUCAAAUCAUGGCUACCUAAAAGUCAAAUGGAGAUCAAAGAAUUGUCGUACUGGGUUGGCAAAGUGAAAUCUGAAAUAGAAAAUGACUUCCUGAAAGACAAACCACAUAAAACGUCCUUGAAAGCGGAUAUAGUGACAUUUGCAAUGAACAAGUGGUACAACUUGUUUUCUAGAUUUUAUGACGCCUCUAAGGUGCAGGGACCAAAUAUAUCCUGGGCGAAUAUUAUAUUAGGAAUUAAUUGUAAAGGAUUUAACAUAAUGGAUGAAAGUGAAAACGUGAAAGUGCACCUUUCAUUUAUUGAGAUUACACGAGUUGCCAAAGGAAGACAUUCAGUGACAAUAUCAACAGUACAGGGUGAUGACUAUACCGCGACAACAGUGCAUUCCGAGGAUCUUUAUACAUUGAUGACGUCAUUCCAACUUGGGCUUAGGAGAAGAUCGAUGUAUGCAAUUGCUGUCCAAGAUGCCUCACAUUUCGAAAGUGCAAUAGGUUUUGGAAUAUCAAAAGGAGAUUUAGUAAAAUUUGACAAACCUUAUGAGGAAUAUGGUGAAUCGGAUGUAUACACCGGAAUAACAGUGACCAAUGGAAAGCACGGAAGUAUACCACGUGACCUCCUGUACAUUUUGCCAACCACUGAAGAGCCACCUGCAAAUAUUAUGGGUAUGUUAACGGUGCAGUUGAGGAAAGAAACACCAAGUUUUGUACCAUCAGGAACUGCUACAUCACAGAAUGGAGCUGAAGGCCAUACACUUCAUAAUUACUCCAAGACAUACUUUAGACAGGUGUCUGAGAAAAGCUCGGUUACAAAAUUGCUGUCCAAGGCUUCACUAAAGAAGAAAGACAAAGAUGUGAUAUGGAAGUUUACGAAGGAACCGAUGAAGAAAGCCUUAUUGAGACGGAGCAAUCUAAGAGAUGAUCUCAGAAAAGCAGCUAUAAAAAGCUUUACAGCUAUCCAAACAUAUAUGGGAGACGCCCUAAAUAAAGAGAACACCCCUGCAAACGAAUUACUAAAUGACAAUGUCAUUGACAUCGCAAUGAGAAACAAAUAUCUACGAGAUGAGGUGUUCUGUCAGGUGAUGAAACAACUCACAAGUAAUCCAAACAAAUUAAGUGAGGAGAGGGGUUGGCAGUUGAUGUGGUUGUUGUUAACUUGUACAUAUCCACAUAACGACCUGUUUGAUGAGCUGGAAUUAUUUCUGAAAACCAACCAAAAUGUGUUCGCUAAACGUUGCCUUGCCAAGCUUCAUGCCACAAAACGUGAAGGCUGUCGCUAUUCUCCUCCUCAUCAGUUAGAAUACGAGGCCCUGAGCAACAAACAUCCAGCAAUUGAAUAUACCAUUCUAUUCCCAGACCAAACAACACAGACGAUAGAAGUGGACUCCAGUACAAGAAUGUGUGACAUACACCAGAAUAUAGUAAAAAGAUUGAUGUUGAAACAUAGUCAAGAAUAUGGUUUAUUCUUUGGUCUGAAAGACAAAGACCAAAAAGCAAUACAGUUCUCUGCCGACUCGGUAAUAAAUGUUUCAUACUGGGACUAUUUCUUCGACCAUUUAUCACACAUUCAAAAAUACUAUACAAGAAUGCCAAGAAAACAUUCGGCGGCCGAGGAUGCACCUGUUCCACCAUCACCUCCACCAAUGUUGAUAUUCAUGAAGAAAAUCUGGAUGAAUUCAAACCCAGGCCAAGAUAAGCUUGCCGACAUCAAAUUCCAUUUUCCACAAGAGAUGCCGAAUUACUUACGAGGCUAUCAUAAAUGUACUGCCGAGGAGGCUGUUACAUUGUCAUCAUUACUAUUUAGAGCAAGAUUUGGCGACGAGAAAGAUCCCCUCGAAAACCUAGGGAACCUUCUGUCGCAGUUAAUACCAAAGACUGUUUUCAAGGAGAAGACUUCAGAUAAGUGGAAAGAGGAGCUGCGUGCCAGUAUAUCCAAGUUGAAAUUUCCGACGAAGGAAGAUGGAAAAGUGGCUUUCUUGAAAGGGCUGAUGAAGUGGCCAACGUAUGGAUCUGUUUUCUUCGAAGUGAAGCAAAGAAGUACCAAAUCAAUGCCAAAAAAUCUUCUUGUUGCCGUUAGUCACAACGGAGUAGGAUUGAUAGAUGGUGGUACUAAGGAGGUGAUCGACAUGUUUAGUUUUGACAAAGUUCCCAACUGGGCUUUUGAUGAGUACUCAUUCACGUUGGUGAUAGGUGAAGGUUCCAGCCUUUCAAAGUUGUAUAUGGAAACUUCCGUGGGUCACAAUAUGGACGACCUGAUUAUGACGUAUGUUGGAUACAUUAUGAACUCGCAAAUAAAGAAGAAGCCUUCGUAUGCAGGAAUAGUUGUCGGAGAGUCAUUUGCAUGAGGUACCGAUGUUUCCGAGUGUUGAAAUGCCAUGCAUUUAUGACGAGGGUGCUGUUGCAACUGCCUUGCUGCAUUAAAGAAAGGGAAUUGUGGUUAGAUAAAAUUGACAGUGUAUGGUUAAAUGAAAGAAUGAAGAGAGAUAGUAUAAUAGAUUUUAAAUUUCAUGCGUGUCAUAUAUAGCAACUAACAGUUAAUGUAAUGACAGUUGAUGAGGAGUAUGGGCCAAUGUCGAAUGAAAUAUCUACUUUGUUUAUUGAUAUUGCAUGCAUACAAAGAAAAAUUAAUAGUUUUGACUUCGCUAUAAAUAAUCAUUACUAAAAAAUGAACAUCUAAAUAGAUGUAUAUGCUCUAUAUUAAUUAAUAGACAUAUCGUUGUUAUUAUUUUGAAUACGGUUAGGAUUAACCUAUUUAAUGUUAACUUACUGCUUUUUGUUAUUCAUUUUUGUAAGAAAAUCCAUUAUGUGUCAUUUAACCCAUAUUGUCAAACAUUCCAAAGAAAUACAAACCUCAAAAAUGCUUAAAUAUAUGAAUAACUAUGAAAAUGACAAAGGGAGAGUACUGUUUGUGUCUUUUAGAUUUGAAAUAAACAUAGUUAACAAAUAUUUUAAUGGAAAAACUAUUUUAUAUCAAUGUAAAAUAUUUUUAAAAGCUGAAAUAAACAGAUUCAGAUCAUAUUUUUUUUGUAGAAAUAAAUUAUACAAGUAUGGACUUUUCAGCUGGUGAAUAUAACAAAGGUAUAUAUUUUCGAAAAUCAAGAUUCAGUCGUACACAUAUUUGAAUAUUUC